ACCACCCACCUGGUUCUAGGCUGGCUGACUGCAAACUGACACACAGCGUGCAGGCUUCCUUGCCGAGCCCCAGUCUGCCAACUGGCCCAGGAACAUCCGGCACGAGCUCUCAGAGCGCUCGCUUGCGAUUCUAACCCCAUCCUCAGUACACCACACUGCCAUGAUGACGGCCCACAGCUGUGCUCAAAGCCCUCACCAUCUCCUCUUGCCAGAGGCCCACCUGUCAGCAUCUCCAGCCUAGGCCAUCAAGCUGCCUUCCCCCCCGUCCCCAGCCCGGUAGCCAGACCUUUCUGUCUGCGGCUGACUUCACAAUAGCCCUGCUGCAGGUCAUGUGGGGGGGGGGGAGCGCGCCCUGCAGCCCACCACUGGCCUCAUGUAGCUUGGCCUCGGCACUACGAUGUUCAUCUGUGUCAAACAUGGAGGUGAGGCCCCAUGCUGGGCGCUGGCUGGGAGAAGGUGUUGGAUGUGCUGCAGCCAUCACUGGGAGGCUGGGUCAGGGUGAGGUGAGGGGGCAGGACUCCGGUUAGCUCUACAAGGGGGUAGGCCUGAGUUCUCCGCUGGGGUCUCUCUUGGGCUUCCAGAGCCCCAAAGGAUCCACCUCAGCCUUGCAAGCCUGGGCUGCAGGAGCACCGCAGGGCACAGCUUGUCCUGGGCUAAGAGACAGUUCCCAGGUGCCAGCUCACCAAGAGAGCAGAUACAGAGCCGCUGGCUGGGCUGGCAUGGCCAAACCAUGGGCACUGGGGCAUUCCCCAUGCUCAGUCUGAGCCCACGGGGGGUUUGGCUGGUGAGCCCUGCACUUGCUAGUGUUGCUGGGCACUGGGAGUCAUACUCUCGCCCCAGCAUGUGGAUGGGCCUAGCAAGGCGGGGGCAGCAGCCUGCAGAUAGCUCCCACCUGCAGCAUCAUUUCCCCCAGGGCAUAGCCCUGAGGCCAUGCCCAGCCCUGGGUCAGGCACUGCCUCGUCCCUUCCAGAGAACCAGCAGUUUCUGGCUAACACCUGCUGCUCUGUCCUCCUGCUGCUGCACUACCUGAGGAGUAAGGUGGGGCUCCGGAGAACAGAAGCCAUUGACCUGUGCGACGAACAGGGCACCCUCAAGCUGCUCUUCCUGGUCAAGCUCCCCAGCGACAGCGCCAGCAAGUUCCUUUCGCCCCGAGGGACCUAUUACGUGUGCCGGGUGGAGCGUGGAGCCCCAGGGACCAAACAGGAAAACACCUAUCGCGCCUUCACCCCAAUCCUCAAGGACCCUGAACCAGAGCUGCUGGAUGCCUUGCACACUCAGUGUGAGUUCCUGGAAAAGAGCCGUCUCAAGCUGCUGAAGGCCCAGGAUGGGAAGAAGAUCCAGACCAUGGAGUCGCUGAUUUCCAUUGUGCCCUCCCAGAUCUCAGUGAGCUCCAUGCCCCUGGCCUGCUCUGCUGGCAGCCCACUCCCUGGUUCUGGCAGAGGGGACUUGGCCCUCUCUGCUCUGGUCUCUGGGGAAGUGUACGUGAGGGGAGGAAGCGGCUCAGGGAGCGCCAGAAAGGAGGGAGUGUCCAGAAGCUCAGAGACUCCCAGAGUCAGGGUGGGGAACAAAAGCCAGGGACACUAGCUUCCCUUUUCCCCUCCCAUGCUCCCACCCAGAACUCCUCUAGCCCAAAAGCAGCACCUCAAGCCUGCCCAGGGGGCACAGGACCCUGCUGGCUCCUGCUUUCUUUGAAUCCCAGGCUACUGGAAGGGGACCGUGCAGAGCAUUCCCUACCCAGCUGCUUCUCUGGGAGGUGGGGGCUUGGGUCAGAUUAGGGCUUAUGUAGGGUUUGGGGUCCACAGCUCAGUCAGGGGCAGUUCAAUCACCCCAGAAACCCUGCAAGCCACACUGGAGAGGUCAGUCACAGGGAGGUUGGACCAGCGUCCUCUUCUGCUGCAGGACACCCCCCGCCCACGUGCUCCAGGCUCCCAUCUAGCAUCUCUCCCAUUCUCCAGGCUGCAGAACAUCCUGCAUCUUGCACAGCGGUCAGGGCCUGCAGCCCUGGGGGGCGGGGGCAGCCCCAGCACUGCAGACAAUACUACUUCCAAAUUCCCUCCCCAUAACCCCACCUGCCUUCUCUGUCCAGGGAAAGCUCACGGGGAGGCCUGGUCAGGGGGCAGCUGGAGCUGCCGACGAAGAGGGUGCCCCACGAAAAGCAGGACCAUCCCCCAAAAUCAAACCAGAGGCCAGCAAGAAGGAGAAGCAUCGCUGAGCCUGAAAUAAAAGCGUGGUGGCACUUUCCUUGCA